CCUAGUCCCGAGAACCAGGGCGGCCCCUGCAGCGGGAAGCCCGGGUCUCGGGGUCCCCGUUUCAGGGAGGCCAGGCCUGGGCCUGUCCCCGGUGGGAAGAGGAGGAAGCAGUGAGCGGGCCGGGCGCCACCUCUUCGCCCUUCGGGGCGCGCUGGCCUCCCUGCGGAGUCCCGAAACUCCUCCCAGGACCAGCGCACUUGACCUCCAGGGGACCGACCAGCACCCCGCCCCUGCUCUCCGGGCAGUCUCGGUCCGGGUGCGGAGCAGACCGCUGGCGCGAUGCUGGUGCUGUGGCUGGUGCACUGGGGGCAGAAGCUGCUGAUGUGGGGCGCGCUGAGCGCCAUCUCGGUGGGGGGCGCCGCCCUAAUCCUGAACCUCCUGCAGAUGCUGGCGAGCUACGCGCGGAAAUGGCAGCAGAUGAGGCCCGUCCCCGCGUUACCCGGCGCCUUCCCGUUCGUGGGACACUCGCUGGGGAUGAAGCCGGGCGGGACAGAAUUUUUUCAGCAGGUCAUUUAUUACAGCGAAGAAUACCGACACCAGCCACUCCUGAAACUCUGGCUUGGGCCCAUACCGGUAAUAGCCAUUUAUAAUGCAGAAAGCGUGGAGGUAAUUUUAACUAGUUCAAGUCAAAUUGACAAAUCCUAUAUGUACAAGUUCCUGGUACCAUGGCUUGGCCUGGGACUUCUUACAAGUACUGGAAGCAAGUGGCGAUCUAGGAGAAAAAUGUUAACACCUACUUUCCAUUUUACAAUUCUGGAAGAUUUCUUAGAUAUCAUGAAUAAACAAGCAAAUAUAUUGGUUAAUAAGCUUGAAAAACAUGUUAACCAAGAAGCAUUUAACUGCUUUUUUUACAUCACUCUUUGUACCUUAGAUAUAAUUUGUGAAACAGCUAUGGGGAAGAAUAUUGGUGCUCAGAGUAAUGAUGAUUCCAAAUAUGUCCAUGCAGUUUAUAAAAUGAGUGAUGUGAUACAUCAGAGAAUGAAGAUGCCCUGGCUCUGGCUUGAUUUUUUGUUUCUUAUGCUUAAAGAAGGACGGGAACACAAAAGGAGCCUAGAGAUCCUACAUAAUUUUACCAAUAAUGUCAUCGCUGAACGGGCCAAUGAAAUGAAGAGAGAAGAACACGGAAGUGCUGACAAGGACUCUUCCCCCUUCAAAACUAAACACAGGGCUUUUCUUGACUUGCUUUUAAAUGUGACUGAUGAUGAAGGGAACAAGCUAAGUCAUGAAGAUAUUCGAGAAGAAGUUGACACCUUCAUGUUUGAGGGCCAUGAUACGACAGCAGCAGCAAUAAACUGGUCCUUGUAUCUAUUGGGUUCUCACCCAGAAGCCCAGAAACGAGUGGACAGGGAACUGGAAGAAGUGUUUGGGAAGUCUGAUCAUCCUGCUUCCUUAGAGGACCUGAAGAAACUCAAAUACUUGGAAUGUGUCAUUAAGGAGAGCCUUCGCCUUUUUCCUCCUGUUCCUUUGUUUGCCCGUAAUCUUACUGAAGAUUGUGAAGUUGGGGGUUACAAAAUUGUGCAAGGCUCUCAAGCCAUCAUCGUUCCCUAUGCACUGCAUAGAGAUCCAAGAUACUUCCCAAAUCCUGAGGAGUUCCAGCCCGAGCGGUUCUUUCCUGAGAAUUUGCAAGGACGCCAUCCAUAUGCAUACGUGCCCUUCUCUGCUGGACCCAGAAACUGUAUAGGUCAAAGAUUUGCCAUAAUGGAAGAAAAGGCCAUUCUUUCCUGCAUCCUGAGGCAUUUUUGGGUAGAAUCCAACCAGAAAAGAGAAGAACUUGGUCUAGCAGGAGAGUUGAUUCUUCGUCCAGCUAAUGGCAUCUGGAUCAAGUUGAAGAGGAGAAAUACAGAUGAAUCCUAACCAUAUAAUUGGACUGUGCCUUUGUCAUGUAAAAGUUCUUUCUUGAAGGAAAUUGGAUUUAUAAUUUCUAGAUCAGAGUUCAACACUCUUAGUCCCUAGACCUAUUUCUUUCUUGUCCCUGCUUACGUUGCAGUCAAGUCCAACAAAGAGUUUUAUAUUUUCAUCACCACCAUAGAUCUUACCCUUGGUUUUGAUCCCAAAAGUAGAGUUAACUGAUGAUGGCACCCAAAUAAACAUAGGACAAGUUUUUCAACAGAGGUAGCCACUGACCAACUCAAUUUCAAUUGGCAGAUCCAAAGGAUAUAAUUUAAUUAAAGUUCCAGAAUUUUUUUUAAGGUAUUCUUAUUGACUGGGGAACAUAUAUAUGCAUGUACACAUAUGCAUUUACUUUGAAAAAGGUGAUUAAUUAAGUACUUAGACAUAAGAAGCUUAAGUUUUUAAAUUAUAUGAGUGGCAUCAAUUAUGAGAAGAAUUAUUAUUAUAGCGCUUUUUGGAUUUUAUCACCUAGAGUAGAUAAUUUGUAAGUUGACUCAUAGGUUCUGUUCCUAUUUCCCUUUUGAUUAAGUCCUUAUAGCCAUGACUUCAUUAUUCAUAGUAUCACAACUACCCUUAUAUAUCGUACAAGGUUGGGAAAGAUUCCUCUUGGUAAUAACCAAUCCCCCACAUUGUGUCAGGGUUGAGUAAUGGCUUUCGGAGCUGGACGGUCCUUAUUGCUUAUCUAGGUGUACUCCCUUUUAUUAGAAGAAGGGAAUGAGGUCAAUGAGAAGGUAAGUUUCUGCCCAGAGUCAUGCUACGAGUGGGCGAUAGGGCCAGAUAUAGAGGUCUGUACUCUACAUCUCUCCACUCCCAGUGCGAUAGGCUUCACUAUGUCUGCUUUUACUUUAUUGGAACUCAGGUCUGUAACUAGAUGUGUCAUUACAACACAGAUUUUCUGCCUCUUAUUUUGGAUAUUUCUUCUAGAAUUCUUCCAUCAUUAAAGGAAAAGAUAAGCCAUUCAUCUAUAUUUAGUAACCAGUAAUAUCUCACUUAGUUUAGGGUUAGGCAAGUAAAUUCAAUGCUCCAGAACAUACCUAUCGAGCUGAUAGCUGACAUACAUUCUCUGAAUUUUAAUUCCAUAGGUAGUAUCUCUACUCCCUCACUCAGUGACUUUAAAAAACAUUUAAUAAACUUAAUAAGAUUGUUUUUUCAAUACUCCCAAGGCAAUAGCAGAUAGAAGCAACAAAUUAAGAGGAUGGAAUUUCUAUUCUUCAAAGAAUAUCAGAGGAAGAGAUUAUAAAACCAAAGCCAUUUGCAAGCACUUCAGGCUGAGUUAUUUAGGGCAGGGUCAGAAGCUCUACCCACAUUACAAUCCCAAGAAACCCUUGUGCAGACAACCCAGUUGCUAAAUUGAUGAGAAAAAGUCAAGGAAGUAUAUGAUACAGUUGAAAAAGAGUCCCAUCAUAUGCUUACCUUUGUUAUCUAAAAAGUGGAUAUAGGCAGAAAAUCUUAUUCCCAGAUGACUAUAGAUAAUCAAAGUUUUAUUCUUGGAAAUUAGCAUUAUUUCUCAAUUUUAUGCAUUUAGAUAUAAAACUUGUGUUAUUUUUCCUUCCUUUCCUUUUCUUCCCCCUUUCUUUUUUUAGUGACCCUACAUUGGAUGUAAAACUAAAUUUAAAGUAAAACAUUUUUUGAUGUUACCUUUUAUUUUUUUUUUAUUUUAUUUUUUUUAAAGAUUUUAUUUAUUUAUUUGAGAGAGAGAAUGAGACAGAGAGAGAGAGCAUGAGAUGGAGGAUCAGAGGGAGAAGCAGACUCCCUGCCGAGCAGGGAGCCCGAUGCGGGACUCGAUCCCGGGACUCCAGGAUCGUGACCUGAGCCGAAGGCAGUCGCUUAACCGACUGAGCCACCCAGGCACCCUGAUGUUACCUUUUAGCCUAAGGUCUUCAUGUGGCCCCAGAAUAAUUUGUUAUUUGUGUUUUAAUGGGAAAUUCUCUUAACCAUGUUAGAGGUGGAAUUGAGAAAUUAUGUUAUACUCUGUGGUAUCAAAACGCAGAUGCUGGCUUUUUAUUUUUUUUUAAAUAAGACGAUGAUCUAAUAUCUGUGACCCUAUUACCUGUCUUACUACUGCUUGACAGAGGUAUCUCAAGAAAAAUAAAUUAAAUUUUAAUCAUACAUGCUACAUUUUAUUUUAAGAACUGAUGUCAGUUUGAAAUAUAGAUAGGUUUAAAGGCAAAUUAGUGGGUGACCAAUUCAUAAUGAGUAAUAAAAGAAAUAGCACGUUUGAGCUGAUGUCAACAGUACUACUCAGAUUUUCUAACAAAAUGUUCCUUGUACCAUUGUCAUAGACUGAUUUUGAGUUUUCCUGACUCUGAAGAAUUAACCAGAGGAGAAAUAGAAAUACCAACACAUUUUGCUCAGCAGAAACUGAAAUCUCGGGGCACCUGGGUGGCUCAGUUGGUUAAGCGACUGCCUUUGGCUCAGGUCAUGAUCCUGAAGUCCUAGGAUCGAGUCCCACAUCGGGCUCCCUGCUCAGCGGGGGGUCUGCUUCCCCCUCUGCCCUCUUCCCUCUUGUGCUCUCUGUCUCUCAAAUAAAUAAAUAAAAUCUUUAAAAAAAAAAAAAAAAGAAACUGAAAUCUCCCACAGAAGCCUGGGAAUCAACAAAACUAUCAGCAUCAUUGGAUCUCAGGCAUUUAUAGUCUAUAAACCUUACCAGGUGAUGGAUUAGUGAACUGAUUGAUGUUCUGUUCAUUGUCAAGACAACUAAAGAAUGUCAGUUUUUGGACCAAGUGACCUGUCUCACAGUGAAAGAAAUGCUGUGAAAAAAAAAAUCAAUUUUUACUCUGGAAUAUAUCUGGAAGACGAAAAUGUUUUUCUUUCCAGCAUCUAAUGAGAUGCUGGUAGGCACAUGACAAAUUUUUUAGUCUGUCUGGAAGCCUCCCCCCCUUUUUUAAGGAACAGUACCCUCUUUAUCUUUGGAACUAUCCCAUGAUAAAUACCUCCCCCCUUUUAUUAAGGAACAGUACCCUUUUUAUCUUUGGAACUAUCCCAUGAUAAAUACCUCCCCCCUUUUUCUUCCGUUUCUCACCUUUUUGCUUCCCCAACAUGCACACUGUGAAUACACAGUUUUAGUUGAUGAUGCCAUGUUCUUAGGCAAUCUUGUUCUUUUGACUUAAGUUGAUUGACCCAAGCAGGGGCCAACUCUGAGUUCUGCCUUUGGGAAUCAGUGGAGGUUUUAAGUUGUGAGACUGGGGAUCAACUGAUAGUUGAGCCUCUGGAGCAGCCACUAGGAGAUGGGAAGAAGGUGAUGGGUAAAGAAGAAGCAGAGGGAAGAAAUGGAGAGAAUCCUGGAAGGUCCACAUCCUGCGUUCCAGGCGAUGCGGAAGCUCACCUGCAUGUCUGCCCUGUGCACUGUUGGGUUGUUCUCCUCUACCCUGGAGCUCAAGGGCCAGGCUAUUGUCAUUUUGCUUAGGUUGAUUAUCUUUCAUUUCUAACCAAAAGCAACUUAGUGUUUGUCAGCUCAGCUAUGGGAUGAAGGAAGUUGCUCUAUUCUUUGGACAUGAUCUUAGAUUUUCAUCCUCUGUCCUUUGUGCUGUUCAAUACUUCCCUAGGCUGGAUAACAUCAGCCAAUAACAUAUGUCUGCUAGUCAUUUAAAUGCAAUAGAAUUUUUAAUAAGAUUUAACUGACACUGUAUUAGUUUCAGGUAUAUAGCACCAUGAUUUGAUGUUUUUAUGUAUGUGAAAUGAUAAAUGCAAUAGCAUUUGAGGACAUACAGGGUUUCCACCUUUUCUAAGAUGAUAGGAAAUGAAAAGUCCAGUGCUUUAUUUUAGAAUAUAGCUGGGAUUAGCCAAACACAAGAGUCUAGUUUCUUAGCUCCCUCCCGAUGUAUUCCCCAGACUAAUUCAUCAUUAUUUCUUGCUUUAAUUAAACCAGAUUCACCCCAGUUUUCAUUCUGGCUAUCUGUAUUCCAAAUUCCAGGGACAAAUCUCUCAUCUGUAAUUACUACGAAUGGACUGUGUAUUCUGUCCUCUGCUUCUUGUGCAGAAAUUCACCAAACAGGAGUAUUUCUUUGGACCUUUUACACUGAAUUCAAUUUCUAAAUUCACUCCCAGCCUGCAGUUGUUCCUCCCCCAACUCUCUUGAUCCCAUGAGAUACCUUGUGGUCCCUCCUUUUUCCUUCCCAUCACUUCCUGCCUCCUCCUCCCCAGAAUUUGCUUGUGAUUGCGGUUCACAUGAGUCCUUUCCUGUCUUUCCUGGUAUUCGCCAAUGUAGGUCUUGUGGAAAUUAAGGCUCAAACUCCUAUUUCUAUAUCAAAAACUUAUGAUAGCCUUUAACUCAAAAGAAGAUCAUUACUGUA